GCAGGGAGCCCCGGGAGAGCCCCGUGGAGAGCUGGAUUUAAGGAGUGGCGCCGGGCAGAGGUUCUCCUGGCCGCGACCGUCCCUGCCGCCGCCCGCCGCCGUCAUGCCCGUCAAAGGAGGCACCAAGUGCAUCAAGUACCUGCUCUUCGGCUUCAACUUCAUCUUCUGGCUUGCAGGGACAGCAGUUCUUGCAAUUGGACUAUGGCUUCGGUUUGAUUCACAGACCAAAAGCAUCUUUGAACUGGAAUCCAACAACACGACAUUUUACACAGGAGUUUACAUCCUUAUUGGAGCUGGUGCACUUAUGAUGCUGGUUGGUUUCUUGGGAUGCUGUGGUGCGUUGCAGGAAUCUCAAUGUAUGCUUGGCCUGUUCUUCCUCUUCCUUUUUGUGAUUUUUGCCCUUGAAAUUGCUGCUGCGAUCUGGGGAUUUGCAAAUAAAGAAAAGGUUAUUGAAGAGUUAAAGGACUUCUACGUGGAAACCUAUGAAAAGAGAUCUCAAGCAGCUGCCAGAGAAACCCUGAAAGCAUUUCAGUUAGCUCUAGACUGCUGUGGUCUUAAAGGAGCUCUUGAGCAGCAGUUCAUGGACACCUGUCCGAAGAAGACCAUGAUGGAAUCACUUUCUGUACCGUCGUGCCCUGCUGCCAUUGAUAAUGUCUUCAAUUCGAAAUUGAACGUGAUUGGAGCAGUUGGCCUUGGCAUUGCUGUAAUAAUGAUUUUCGGCAUGAUAUUCAGUAUGGUCCUCUGCUGUGCUAUCCGCAAAAACAGAGAAAUGGUCUAAGAGCUAAAAACCCAAGACUGCUGCACUAUAAAAAAAAUCUUUGUCGUUAACUUUAGCGUUCUGAAAGCAUUUCUAAAAAGUUAUAUAUUUGUUACCUUUUUAAUGCUUUAUUUGGUACUGAUAUAGGUUUGCUUUUUAUGUUAUGGGUUAAAAUGAGAAAGGUAUAUCUGACUCAAGACAAAUAUUGUACAUAAAAUAUCUGACUUUCUUGAAACUUAUGUAAUUUGGAUGUAAUUUAUGUUGGAGACAAUUUGAUACUUAAUAAAGAAUAAGACAUAUUGUAUGUUUGUGGGGGAGAAGA